GGAUGAAUUUCCUCUCUACCUCCUAAAGACAUGCAUCGAAUCUUGCCUUUUUGUAUCAUAGAUUGCAAAGGAUGAAAUAUUUUCCGCUGACCUUCCGCCUCAUUUUUACUGUUAUCUGCCUUCAAUCGUGUGUGAACUUGUCAGAUGGGUUCAAGUGGAUUUCACUACCUUCGCAAAGGACGAAAGGACAUGUUGGUUCUACUGUUCACAUCAAGUGGUAUUACGAAUGUAAUGAAUAUGGUGUUACUAAAAUUCUUUACAACAACACAGAGAUGUUCUAUCGAUACGGAACAAAACAAAAUUAUUCUACAAUAAGAAACGUAGUUCCUCAUUUCUCUGUUAUUGGUGGAUCAAAUGUGACAAUUAUCAUCCCUGAUGUUGAUAAAAGUAAAAGUGGAUCAUAUUGCUGUAGUAUUGAUUGUGAUGGUGAUAAAGAUGAGGCAUGCACGUUUCUCAUCACAUAUGCUUUACCUCSUAUCAACUACCUGACCUCACACCUUUAUGGCAAACAAGGAAAUUCAAUAACAUUAAGAUGUAAUGCCUCUGGAUAUCCAGYACCCCGUGUUACAUGGACACACAAGGAUACAAACAGAACAAUUGCUAAUUCCAGUGUGACGUCAUUCAACAUCACUGGUAAAGMAUCAGGAGGAAGCUAUUGCUGUCACGUGUCAAACGGUUUUGGGGAGGAGACUAAUUGUACGUCCCUUAAAGUAAUAGAAUAUCAACCAAUACAUACAGUGCUGGCAACGAACAACACUUUUACAACAGCAAAUAAGRCAUUCAAAAUAUUCUGUAAAGCAGACGCAUCUCCCCCAGCAAAAUACUCCAUCGAACAAGGGAWCAAAMAAAUGGUCAACUCCACUGAUGGUUAUGUCACAAUUACUACGCCAGAGAAUGGAUAUCUUGCUUUCAGUUGUAUUGCAAAGAACAAAUAUGGACAAGGAAAAACAGUGCAUCUUAAAAUACCAAUAUAUCAUAAACCAGUAAUUGAUAACCGYUUGUCAUCUGGGAAUAACGUAUCUUCUAUCUUGGGUGACACAAUUCAAUUACGGUGUGCUGCAAGAGGUGUCCCUCGGCCUAACAUCACGUGGUAUACAGCAAACGGGAAAAUAUUUUCAACUGAGACAACGUCGUCAGGUGGAAGCGAUCUAGUACUGACAACCACGAGUAAACAAGAUAGUUAUGGGAUGUAUAGAUGUCGCGCUGAGAAUACUAUUGGAGUUGCAUGGCACAAUAUUACAGUGAUGCAAAUAUGUCAAUGCAGAGGAAAUUAUCAAAAAUACAAGAGAUCCUUGGGCAGCAGCAGUAGCAUCAUUAACGAACCGGUUAUUUUCGUCAUCUGGCUGACCGUAAUACUUGUUUCAGGGAUUGUAAACAKUCUUCUUYUUAUCUAUAUUAAAUUYGGAAAACACCAAAAGUGCAAAGAACCAUAUUCCACCGAGAGGAACAGAAGACAAUGCUUUAACCAUUCCAACAAAUUAUGACGUCAUACCGAAAACAAAAAGCAUCUAGACUCCAUACGAAUCAAUGGAUCUGCUGUGGCUCAUGCUUCUUCACAUGACAGUACAAGUAAAUGUGACAUAUACGGCAAAUCGUUGGUUGUUAAAAGAAGCCAUUAGUAAAAAUUAAACAUUAUUAGGAACAUAGUUGUUCCUAUUCA